UUUACUUCGUUACACAACACUGCGCUAUUUAUUAUUUAAUAAAAAGGUAGUAAAAUGUGACAAUGUUCAGAGAGAGAUUUAAAUAUUAUAAAAGUAAAUGGACAGUGCCGGAUUUUAAGGAUGUUAUAGAUUUUGAGUCUGAGUCAGAUCAAACGGUAAAUGAGUUAAUUUUAAAUAAUUGUCAAACUUUAGGCAAAUUGCCACCUGGUUUGCAACCUCUACAUACAUGGCGAUGUUUUAAUCUUCCAAAUCAUCCCGGUCUAAUUAUAGUUCGUAACGCGUUCACAGCACAUGGUCAAAGAUAUUGGAUUGCUCGUUCUUUAAAAGAUUUUCCACAUCAUCCAAAUGUAGUAAACUUAAAUGAUAAGUUAUUUUCACAGCCAGUUAUAGAGGAUUGGUGGACAGAACUACAAAAGUGCGAAGAUAAAAAUGAAGCAAGACGAAUGAAAAUAGGUUUACGUUGGGCCACAUUGGGAUAUCAUCAUGAUUGGAAUACUAAAGUAUACAAUGAAAAUAUGCGUGGUACAUUUCCAACUGAUUUAGGGCAAUUAUGUUCUUUCUUUGCAAAAGUUUUGGAUUUCGAAAAGUUUAAUGCAGAAGCAGCCAUUGUAAAUUAUUAUCCUAUUGGAACAACAUUAUCAGGACAUACUGAUCAUUCAGAGCAAAACCUUACUGCCCCUUUAUUUUCUUUAAGUUUUGGGCAAACAGCAAUAUUUUUAAUUGGCGGUAAAUCAAUAGAAGAGAAACCAUCUGCUAUUUUUCUUCAAAGCGGCGACCUAUUGAUUAUGUCGCAAGAGGCUAGACUUUGUUACCAUGCGGUUCCACGUAUAAUGAAAACUCAAAAAGAACCUUGGAAUGAAAAUAUAGCUCCAAAUUGUGCUUACUUACCAAAUGGGAAAAAAGUGAAAACCGAUUUUUUAUUAGACCCUACAGAAUGGAAUAUAAAUGCAACUUUAUUUGAGAAAGUUAUUGAUGAAACAUUUUGGAUGCCAUAUAGAAAUUAUUUAAAUGAUUCACGGAUAAAUAUAAAUGUGCGACAAGUUUUAAACGAAGGUUCUAUGGGCUUAAGUUGAACUUUAAUUUGGUUUUAAAAAUACAUAAUAAAUUAUUUAGA